UCCCCUUCCCCCUUCCUCCCCUUCCAUUUUAUUCCCCCAUUUCCACAUGAAGAUCUGAUCUCUCUCUCUCUCUCUUCUCUGUCUGACUUCGCCUGCAAGAAUUUGUGUCCCUCUUACAAUCCCUAGACAGAGAGGUGCAUAAAAAUCGAAACUUUCACGCCCCCUUCCAGCUCCUCUCACUCCCCACCCGCCCUGCUCCUUCGUUUCCGUCCAUUCUCCGGCUCUCCGCUCUCCCCGGAUCUUCCUCGCUCUAGGGUUUUGCCCGCCUCCAUCGGCUUCCUUGUAAAGGCGGGAUUUUUAAGCUGCGGAAGUUGACCUCCGGGGGUCUUCUCGAUUGGGUCGAUCGUGUUUGGUCUCUAGGGGUCGCCAGCUUCAAGGUGGAUUGCGGGGAUUCCUUUGGGUCGCCAUGGAUAAGGACAAAUUGACCGGCCACAGCAGCGGGUUGCCGCCGCCCCCUUCCGGUCGUUUCGCCGGGUUCUCGCCCAAUGCCAACGCCUUCUCCGUGAAGCCAGAGCAGCCGUCGGCCGCCGCGAGCUCCUCCUCGUUCCUCCCCAUGGCCCAGGGCCAGAACCUGGUCUCCGACUUCAGCCACGACAUUAGCCGGAUGCCCGACAACCCGCCGAGGAACCGCGGCCACCGCCGCGCCCAUUCCGAGAUUCUCACUCUCCCUGAUGACAUCAGCUUCGACAGCGAUCUCGGGGUCGUGGGGGCCGCGGACGGCCCUUCGUUCUCGGACGAUACGGAGGAGGAUUUGUUUUCCAUGUACCUCGACAUGGAUAAGUUCAAUUCGUCCUCCGCGACUUCGUCGUUUCAGAUGGGAGAGCCUUCUUCUGCUCCUAUGGCCAUGCCGGGUGCUGGGGACUCCGGUUCGGGUGCUGCCCCGUCUUCUGCGGAGAACGUGGCUUCUGGGUCGACUGAGCGGCCGAGAAUUAGACAUCAGCAUAGCCAGUCUAUGGACGGGUCGACGAGUAUUAAGCCCGAGAUGCUUAUGUCGGGUUCAGAGGAUGCAUCUGCUGCAGAUGCCAAGAAGGCCAUGUCUGCUGCGAAGCUUGCUGAGCUUGCACUGAUUGAUCCCAAGCGUGCAAAGAGGAUCUGGGCAAACAGACAAUCGGCUGCAAGGUCAAAGGAAAGGAAGAUGCGAUACAUAGCUGAGCUAGAACGGAAAGUACAAACUUUACAAACUGAAGCAACAACUUUGUCUGCACAGCUGACUCUGCUGCAGGUAAGAGACACAAAUGGUUUGACUGCUGAGAAUAGUGAAUUGAAACUGCGGUUGCAAACAAUGGAGCAACAAGUUCAUUUGCAAGAUGCUUUGAAUGAAGCACUCAAAGAGGAGAUACAGCAUCUGAAGGUACUAACUGGCCAAUCUAUGCCCAAUGGUGGACCCAUGAUGAACUACCCUUCGUUUGGAAGUGGCCAGCAGUUCUAUCCCAACAACCAUGCGAUGCACACUCUUCUGGCUGCACAGCAGUUUCAACAGUUGCAGAUUCAGUCACAGAAGCAGCAACACCAGUUUCAACAGCAUCAACUGCAUCACCAACUUCAGCAGCAGCAGUUACAGCACGAACAGCAGCAACCAGCUGGGGACUUGAAAUUCAGAGCACCUAUUCCUUCUCCAAAUCAGAAAGAUGGUAAUGCAGCAGAGUCAAAUUCUUCUAAAAUGGAGUGAGUAGCUGCCUCUGGGCUUUGUAUCAAAAACAGCCGUCUCCUCUUAGUCUGUCACUAGCAGUAUUAAUUACCAUCUGUCAUCAGAUUAGGCGCAUACCCCUCCCUUUGGAAAAUUCAAAAAAAAAAAAAAAAAAAAAAAAAAAAAAAGUAGGACAAGAUUUAGGCUUUUCAUGGGACACAUACUGUUGAAUGCAUUUAUUUGUUUAUUUUUUGUUGCCAUGCUGUUUAAAUCUUUGAUCUGGAUUCAAGUUUCUCAUAGUAGGUUUGCUUUGUGAAUUAGUUACUUGUUGGGUACCUGUAGUGAUUCAGUAUAACUGAGAAUUUUAGUCUAAAUUGCCUGCUUCUAAAUUGCCGUUUACCCUUUUUGCUGUGAAGUUUGAGGAAGUGGAAUCCAGAUUUACUUA